GAAACACAGCCUUAGUUCUACAUCCUCGGCCGUCUAAAAAUCAACUAAUAAUUUAAUCGAUCUUUUGAAUAAAAAUGCUGUCUUCAAAGUUUUUUGCUAUCAUGGCCAUGGUGAUCUCCAUGAUCUUGUUUAGUGCACCAGCAGCUGAGGGAACCUUCCUGGUAUUGGCCUGUUUACUAAGAUCGCCAUUGUGUCCUUUCCGUACUACGACAACUACAACAACCACAACUGAAAAGAAGACAUAAUUUUGAAAAUUAUAAUUUUGCAAACAUUUUAUUUGAGAAAUAAAUAACAAUGUUUUAAAUCGGCAAACA